GUUUCUGUUUACAUGCCCUUUCCAUAUUAUAGCCUGUGUAAUGCAUAGACGUAUAGCUGCAUACAGAAUGCCUUAUCUGCUGGAGUGUUAGAAAUGUGAACGCUGCAAUGGACUGUGAUCUCAGCCAGCCCUCACCCCUCCUAAUCGGACCGCCAGUCUCCAUUCUUCAGCACAGCACUUUCAGUUUACUGUAUGUGACCUUCUAUAAAUAUGGCUAGGUGUGGCCUGAGACGAUCUUGUAACCUCACAUUUCUUUAAAAGAACAGUCAUUGUUCCUGCGGCCUGCUGACCAUAUGACGGAAAAUUAAAAGAUCAGGAGCAGACGUCUUAUUAAAAGAUCAGAGUCACGAAGACCAUGCCCCUGGUGUCGGGUCCACCUCCUCAACCUGGCGACCUGAUUGAAUUCAUCCGCCCCUUUUAUCAACACUGGGGCAUAUAUGUUGGUAAUGGCUAUGUUGUACAUCUCACAGAUCAGGAAGGCUGGUCUAGCCUGUCAUCUGCAUUUGGGGCCUCUGCAGUAGUCAGAAAAGAUCGUCUGGAGGAUGUUGCAGAUGGAUGCAGUUAUAAGGUUAAUAACAAAUAUGAUGAGAAAACCCAGCCAUACCCUCGUGAAAAGGUGGUGCAGGCAGCGCUAGAGCUGGUGGGUCGGACCAUGCCAUACAGUGUGACCAGUGCCAACUGUGAACACUUUGCAACUGAAUUGCGAUAUGGAAAAGGCUUCUCUGAUCAGGUUGCUAAUGCUGCAGUGUACUCGGCUGUGGGAGGAGGAUUCUUUGCUGCAGCUCUGGCCGCCAUAGUUGUUGUUUCAAGAAGCAGAAGGCAAAACCAAUGAAAGCAGGAUAAAUUAGCAGAAACAUGUUUUGUGUGGGGUGCUUUGUAAAUGAACAUUUUUAUAUACAGUAUAUAUCAGUGUCAUCUGCAUGGGGUUUGUUUGUCCUUUCCAUGUUUGUGUGGCUUUCUUUCAGAUACUCUUUUCUUGCCAUAUUCCACAAAUUUAAUGAUAGGUUUAACUGUUUUCUAAUAACCAGGACCUGGUGUGAUUUUGAAAUUGAUGUGAGUGGUA